AUGGCGACACCUCCAAGAUCUCCGCAAUCUCCAGUCAAUAGUCCGUCGAUGCAGACUACUCCUACGUCUCCUACGUUUCUACUACCUGAAUCGACAGAGGACGUCCAUGAGAAGCUGCGCUCUCUACAUUCUGGGUCAAAGGCUACGUCAAGUUUCUGGAUGAUCUGGGGACAGGUGUUUAAGCUCGGUCAUUGGGAAGCGGUGACAACGCCCAUGUACGAAGCAUGGUGGAACGGCGACAAGCGUGCGCUCGCUGCUUCCCGAGCUGCACUUUGCAAGUCGGUCGAGUCGCGCAAUUCGCGCUUCGGACCUGGGAACAAUAACCGCAACUUCGACUUGGACAUUGCUCGUAUUUUGCUACAAUUCGCAGGACUGGUAUACGAACAUGACUCGAGCGGAAUUCGCAAAGCGCUCGCGAUUGUCAAGAACGCGACACCGUUUGAUGUUUUCGGCACGCUCCGAGGUCGGGGACGCGUUGGACUCGACAAGUUUAUCGGAGCCGAUCCCGCAGCAUUGGCCCGCGCGGCGCUCACAGGUGAACGACUCGUCAGGCGGCCUACUUUUCUAGGAAAGGACGGACCGUUGGUCGAGUCCCCGCUCGCAGCUAAACCAGGCACGAGACUCGAACCGCAAGUGGAAUCAACGAAGCCUGCUCCACAUGGAAACACCAAUGCGCACGUCGAGCCCGGUCCUGGGGAUAGCACGAUCCGCGCGCACCUUCAGUCGUCUGGAAUCGAGCAUGAGCCGGUUUCAGAGCUUAAUGGUGUCGGGUCUGCGUUUGCUGCGUUGUUUUGGCACCCAAAGGAGCCGUGGAUAGUUGUUGCGUUUAAGGGAACUAGUCCGACCGAGUUUGACGAGUGGGUGACCGAUUUGACUUUUACUAGGAGAAUAUUGGACAUUGGAUUCCCGGAUUCGGAAAAGGUAAGUGAGGAACGGGGAAAGCCAGAAAGUAGAUCAUUAACGUGGCGCAGUGCACUCUGGAUUCAAGGCUCGCAUGUUCCCCGACGAGGCUCGGAUUCCCCAUUCGUUGAGGGAUCAUUUCAGAGACACAUGAAUCAACUCCGAGACUGGUGGAUUGGCGAAAAGUCCGCCAAGCAAGAAUUACCCAUCCGGACUCCAUAUGGUGAGCAUCAUUUCGUUUUAUCACAGAACCACGGCCCAAUUCGCACACCCCCUCCAGACACGAUCCGCGAUGGAAUCCAAAUCGUCGCAGACCACCUCACACGAAACACCGGCAUCCACUCGAUCAACGUCUACUUUACCGGCCACUCGCUCGGCUGCGCCACGGCGUCACUCGCCUACUCGCGGGCCGUCGCAAAGCAAAACAGCGACUUCAAGUCCAACUAUGGGUUCGGGCCUGCCGAAGUCGAUGUGGAGGGUCUCGAACGGGCCGGAUGCGUCGCUGGGUUGUUGCCCGAGAUGGGGGACCGAGUGCCCUUGAAAGUUGAUCAGGAGAGUCCAUUGGCGUUUGCGCAUCUCGGAUUGGAGAUCAAGAUGAUCCCGACGGGACCAGAUGGACGUGGAAGAGCACGAGUCGAUGCGGUGGUCGCACCCAUCGGCCAACGCACGAACCGGUGUACAUUGUCCAACGCGGACAAUUUGGGCCAGAAGAGGAAGAACAUGGACGAUGUACAGAAAGGGGCAGCUGCAUACACCUCCUCUGACGCCAGGACGCAGGGGCAAAUGCAGCUGAGCAUGCCGCGAGAGCUGCCGGUGGUGAGUGUGAUGCCGGUACAGGCUCAUGCACUGGCGGCGAUAGACCCCGAGCUGGGAAAUAUUCCUGUGCAAUUUGUGCGACAACGAGUGUGUGCCAUGUCGAAAGAAAUACUGGAGAUGCUCACUGCAUCGGUGCCUAGGACGCCGCUCGCCAAACCCCUCCCACGCACAGUCGAGUGCACUGUCCUUGACCCGAACCCAGAGCCCAGUAUGCUCCCCACACACUAUCUCGUGGUCUAUAACCCGCGCAGUCCCGACCAGCCAGGCAAGCUGUUCCCCGCCCACUCGCUCGUCCUCGCAACACAAUGCGCUGCUCUUCCCUCGUUUGGCUCCACCACACGCGAGCUCAGACACGACAAUACGUUCACUGUUCCCCUGCUCGCCCCUGUACCUGUUCUUGCACGACCACAGCGCCAAUGCCCUGCUAGCCACACUCCUCCCGCUCCCCCACUCUGCAUUUGGGAGGAUAUCUCUCGAAGUCCAUGGCAUUACCGAGCGCCUUUCCCAAGCGCUGUCCCAUUGGCUCUCGCUCCCCGUGCUGCUCUCCACCCUCAAAACCGUACACGGCGUCUGGGCCAACGCCGCGGCUCUGCACGUCGACAACGACCGACUCUGGAAAUACUCGCCUUUGCCUGGCGCGUCCUUGUCGCCGCCGUCGAGCGAUCUGCCGGCCCUGAUGCGCAAUCCGUCCUCGAUUCCAUCUCCCAGGACGACCGGGACGCAGACGCGGUCGAACGUGAGCUCGGCGGUUCUCUUUACGAGGCGUAG